CACAAGUAUAGAGUAAAACAAGGAUUGAAGAAAAUAUUAUUAAAAGUUUAGCAAGAGGUUCAACCACCAACAAACUUUUUUCUUUUCCCUUAUUUUCAGAGUCUUCCGGCAAUGUUUUUAAUGAUCUGUUACCAGUAAUUGCGUACCCUCUUUAUUUGUCUAUCUUCUUCUCCUCUCCCACCAAUUUUUUCUCCAAAUACACGCUUUCCCAAAAUAAUCCCCAAAUCAAGAAAUUUGCAUGAAAACACACCAACAAACCUAAAAGAUUAUAGUGGCAUUGGCACUUUGAGCUUUUUCAAGUUAAUGGGUGCCUUGCCAUUCUGAAAAAAACACUAGCUACUUUUUUAUUUUUUUGUUGCCAAAAGUCCUCUGUUUUUUCAUUGUGGUGAUCAAACUUGAGGAAAAAAAAAGAAGAAGCAAUGAUGGCGGCGAUUAAAGAAAAUGCAAGAUCAAGCCUCAUAGUAGCAGGCAGAGUAAUGAACGAAGCCAUUAGCUUCCUAGUUUUCAUUAUCCUCGACAUUCUUGAUUUUAUCCUCUGUUAUACUUACAAAGUAAUCGAUUUCAUAAUCGAAGCAGAGUGGAAACCCUGUUAUUGCUCUUCCAUUAAAGAAGUCAUAACGAGCAGCGGCUCAAUCUUGGUCUCCGAACGAGGAGAGUCCAAGAUAGUGUGUCUGACUUCUUCGAGUAAACUACAUCUCGAAGAAAUUUCAGACACACUUUACACUCGGCCAUCAUUGAUGGCGGAGGUGUCAAAAUUGACAGUGAAACGCCGGAAAUUUGACAAUGCGGGUGUGAUACAACAGUCAUGUGAGAGGUUGAAAAAUGGAAGUGUCCGUUCAACUUUUACUGUUAAUUCCACCAUAGUGGAAAUGCUCCAAGGCAAAAUGGGUGGCCAGAAAUCUCAUGAUGUUACUCCUAGGUGGUCGGAUUGUGAUUGCAACACUUGUAAUUCUUGGUCCUCUUCUUGCAAAGAUUCACUUUUUGUCCGAGUUGAUGGUGCCAAAGCAAACUUUGAAGAAGAUGUAAUCUUCAUUCAUGGGUUCAUUUCAUCAUCAGCAUUUUGGACAGAGACAUUAUUUCCAAACUUUUCAAAGGCAGCAAAAUCAAAGUAUCGUUUAUUUGCAGUGGAUCUGUUAGGAUUUGGAAGGAGUCCAAAGCCAAGUGAUUCACUUUACACAAUAAGAGAACAUCUAGAGAUGAUUGAGAAAUCAGUUUUAGAGGCACACAAAGUGAAAUCUUUCCACAUUGUGGCACAUUCUUUAGGUUGUAUUUUGGCUCUAGCACUAGCAGUAAAAUAUCCUGGAUCAGUCAAAUCCCUCACUUUAAUUGCACCGCCAUAUUUUCCAACACCAAAGGGUGAACAAGCAACGCAACAUAUGAUGAGAAGAAUAGCACCAAGGCGGGUGUGGCCACCGAUAGCGUUUGGGGCGUCCAUAGCAUGUUGGUAUGAACACAUAAGCAGAAGUGUUUGCCUAGUCAUAUGCAAGAACCAUCGUUUGUGGGACUUUCUCACCAAACUUGUUACCAGAAACAGGAUUAAGACAUACUUAAUAGAGGGAUUUUGCUGCCAUACACACAACGCAGCAUGGCAUACACUACACAACAUCAUAUGUGGUACUGCUGGAAAAAUAGAAGGAUACUUAGACAUGGUUAGAAACAAGUUAAAAUGUGAAGUCACGGUGUUCCACGGCGAAGAUGACGAACUUAUUCCGGUCGAAUGCAGCUAUAAUGUACAGUCAAGAAUUCCUCGUGCACACGUUAAGGUUGUCCAGAAAGAAGAUCACAUCACCAUUGUUGUUGGAAGACAGAAAUCAUUCGCAAGGGAGCUUGAACAAAUUUGGAAUAAUUCAACAUGUUCAAAAUAAUUUCCCACCAUCAUUUUUAUCACUAUAAGCAAAAACAAACAAAGUUUUUUAUAUCGUAUAAACCUAAAUUAAAUUUGGACAAAAUUGAGCUAGUUUUUUUUUUUUCUUUUCUCUCUUCAUUUUCUGAUUUGUAUGUCGAAAUGCAAGCUGAAUUAUGUAUCAGAUAUACGUCUAGUUUAAAUAUUAUUCAAGAAAAAGUAAUAUGGGAUGUGAAGAUGUUUUCUCAUCUUA